GCAGCUCUCCGUGGGCUCAAAAGUUGCGGAGAUCUCCGGUUACCGGAGCACCGCGGGGGCGCGGGAGCAUCCGCCUCACACCGCGGAGCCGCUGGAUUUAUUCUGCCGCGAAUCUACCGGAUCACUCGCGGUGCUUUGACGGGAUCUGCUUCCGACCCGGUCCCCGGUACCGAAACUGACCUCCGGCGUUUAAAAAAAAAAGAGGGGGAAAAGGUUUUAAACGGAUUUCCAUAACAAACUCCAUAACGGAUUCUCUCAUAACGGAUCAACGCCGGUGCACCGGAUCCCCGGACCGGGAGAGGUGCGCAGGUGGAUCGCAGGUGCGGACUUCACCGGGAACCAGCGGAUGGGAAUGAAGGAGGAAUAACGGACCCACCCGACCGGCCGCCGGUAGAACCGGUCCCACCGGGAGCGAGAGAAGAGGAAGUUACCGGAGGACCGUUAACGACCGGAUCACUGAUGACAUCGAGCGACACGGAUUCAUUGAGUCGUUAAUUAUUAUUCUUUAACGCAUAAAAAGCGCGUUGAGCCAUUUGAAGAAGCGGAGUGAAUUAUCUCCUCCGCGGUGAAGCCCCCCGGAGCUGUCCGGUGCUGAUCCGCUUGACCCCCCGGAGAGAGAGAGAGGAACAUCUUGAUUAAUGGAGAUUAAUCUCCUUGAGUUUAAACUCUUCAAAAUUCACCGGAAAAAUCCACUUUUAAGAAUAAAAAUCUUCAUUAUUUGAUCAUAAAUGUCGAUGUUUUAGCAGCAAAAAUCCUUUUUUAGAGAAACUAAAGUUUCUGAGUCCACUGCCUCAAAAUGUUACUGUGAAUGAGAAUGUAGGAGCAAGUGGUGCUGAGGCGGGAUAACAGGGUCAGGGUCAAGAGACGGGACCUGCUGCUUUUAGGACGAGUCUCCGUGUGCAGCCUCAUCCUCAUCAGCCAACCUCCACCUCCUCCACCUCCUCCACCUCUUCCACCUCCAGCACCACCACUGAAAUCCACACGUGCAGCAUUGAUUUCAGUUUUUUAAAAUUUGCUUUCCGCCUCUCAGCGCAGAAACCAAAGCUCGUCUUCCUCGUCUGAAAUGUAACUCGUGCCGCCUGCGGAUUUCCCGCCUCAGUGGUGGUUCAGCAGGGGUCAAAGGUCACCGAGGAGUGGACCCUCGGGUCGACGACCGGUGGAACCGCCCCGAAACCAAACCGGGAUCGGACCCGCGCAUGUUUCCCCGACCUCGGACCCGUGUCUGACCCGCUUUUUUCGGCCAAAUGGGGCACAACGACAGCAGCCCGGGCGCCAUGCGCAACGGCCGCAGGCUCUCGGAGCAGUGGGGGGAGUCCGCGGUGGUCCGGCCUCGAACCACCGAGCGCCACAUCACGGUGCACAAGCGCCUGGCGCUGGGCUUCGCCCUCGCCAUCCUCACCCUCAUCGUGGUCACGGCGGUGGCCGUGGCGCUCAGCGUCCGCUCUGAGGACUGCGGCGGCGGGCGCGACGGGGCGGCGGCGGCGGCGGGGGACCCGGGCUCGCGGGGGUCGUCGCGGUUGAACGGGAGCAGGGGGGAGAGGGCGGGGGAGGAGGAGCCGUGGAGGAGCUCCCGGCUGCCGGGCUCCCUGAGGCCGCGGCACUACGACCUGCGGCUCGCCGUCCACAUGGACAACUUCACCUUCGCCGGGUGGGUCAGCGUGGAGCUGGAGUGCGUCAACGCCACGCGCUUCGUCGUGCUGCACGCCGACCGCCUGGAGGUGGACCGGGUGUCCGUCACAGCGGAGGGCGGCGGCGGCGGCGGUCGCCUCGCCAACCGGCCCGGGGGCGGGGCCAUACGCGUCAACCGCCACUUCCACCACCCGGCCAACCAGAUGUACGUGGUGGUCCUGCACCGCGAGCUGAAGCCCACCAGGGUCUACCGGCUCAACGUCAGCUUCGCCGCCGCCAUCGAGGACGAGCUGCUGGGCUUCUUCCGCAGCGCCUACAGCCAGCAGAGGGAGAGACGUUACCUGGCGGUGACCCAGUUCAGUCCCACCCACGCCCGCAAGGCCUUCCCCUGCUUCGACGAGCCCGUCUACAAGGCCACGUUCUCGCUCGCCCUCCGCCACGACGCCCAGUACACCUCGCUGGCCAACAUGCCCGUGGAGAGCUCCUCGCCGCCGGACGAGGACGGCUGGCUGACCAACCGCUUCGCCCGCACGCCGCGCAUGUCCACCUACUACCUGGCCUGGGCCGUGUGCAACUUCACCUACAGGGAGACGCAGAGCGACGACGGCGUGACGAUCCGUCUCUACGCCCGGCCGGACGCCAUCGCCAGCGGAGCGGGCGACUACGCCCUCCACAUCACCAAGAGGCUGCUGGGCUUCUACCAGGACUACUUCAAGGUCCAGUACUCACUGCCCAAGCUAGACCUGUUGGCGGUGCCCAAACAUCCCUACGCCGCCAUGGAGAACUGGGGGCUGAGCGUCUUCGUGGAGCAGAAGAUCCUACUGGACGCCGAGGUGGCGUCGUCGUCCUAUCAGAUGGAGGUGACCAUGGUGGUCGUCCACGAGAUCUGCCACCAGUGGUUCGGUGAUCUGGUGACUCCGGUCUGGUGGGAGGACGUCUGGUUGAAAGAAGGCUUCGCUCAUUUCUUCGAGUACGUCGGCACCGACUUCCUCUUCCCCAAGUGGAACAUGGAGAAGCAGCGCUUCCUGACGGAUGUCCUUCAUGAGGUGAUGCAAUUGGACGGGCUUAAUUCCUCCCACCCGAUUUCCCAGGAGGUGGAAGAGGCGGCGGACAUCGACCGAGUCUUUGACUGGAUUGCCUACAAAAAAGAUUAUCUGCUGAGUCACAUGUACAGCAACGCGGCCCGAGACGACCUGUGGAGCAAAUUGUCUCAGGCCAUGCGUUCGGAGGGGCGGGACAUCGACAUCGGGAAGAUGAUGGACAGGUGGACCCUGCAAAUGGGCUACCCCGUGGUCACCAUCAGCAAGAACCAAUCAGAGCAGCUCCCCACUCAUUACAUCACCGUGAGCCAGGAGCACUUCCUGUACGGGCCGGAGCUCCGGAGGAACCACAGUUUACAGUGGCAGAUUCCUCUCACGGUUGCCGUGGGAAACGCCUCCAGCGUGAGAGCAGAGAGCCUCAUCUGGAUCAACAACCACACAGAGACCCACAGGGUCGGACAGAUGGACGACGCCACCUGGUUGCUGGGCAACAUCAACCAGACGGGAUACUUCCGCGUGAACUACGACCUCCAGAACUGGAAGCUGCUGAUUCAACAGCUCCACAACAACCCUCAAAUCAUCACCGUUGGAAACAGGGCGGGGCUUAUUGACGAUGCCUUCAACCUGGCCAGGGCCGGGUACCUCCCACAGGGCGUUCCCUUGCAGCUGAUUGGCUACCUGCCAGAGGAGCCGUCCUUCCUGCCGUGGCACUCCGCCAGCCGAGCGCUCUACCAGCUGGACAAGCUGCUGGACCGCACCGACGAGUACAGCCUGUUCAGUGACUACGUGCUGAAGCAGGUCGCGUCACGCUACCAUCAGAUGGGUUGGCCAACCAACAUGCCGGGCGGCGAGGGCAACGUGCUGCAGGCGUCCUACCAGACCGAGGAGCUGCAGAGGGAGCUAAUCAUGCUAGCGUGUAGCUUCGGCAACAAACAGUGCCACCGACAGGCCGUGGCCUACAUCUCUGACUGGAUCUCCAGCAACAAGAACAGGAUUCCUCCCAACAUCAGAGACAUCGUGUACUGCACCGGGGUCAGCCUGAUGGACGAGGACGUGUGGGAGUUCAUCUGGAUGAAGUUCCACUCCACGGACGCCGUGUCGGAGAAGAAGAUCCUGCUGGAGGCUCUGACCUGCUCUGACAACAGCUUCCUGCUCAGCAGGUUACUCAACCUGUCCCUGACCUCUGACCUGGUCCCGGAGCAGGACGUCAUCGACGUCAUCAUCCACGUGGGCCGGAACCCGCAGGGCCGGAACCUCGCCUGGAAGUACUUCAGGGAAAAGUGGGAGGUCCUCAACGCGCGCUACGGCGAGGCGCUGUUCAUGAGCUCCAAGCUCAUCGGCGGAGUCACAGAGUUCCUCAACACGGACCGAGAGCUCAAUGAGUUGAAGGAGUUCAUCCAGUCCAGCGGCGUGGGGGCGGGGCCUGCGUUGCCGCGGGCGCUGGAGAUCGUCGAGGGCAACGUGCGCUGGCACCGCCUCCACCGGCGGCAGUUCUACCAGUGGCUCCGCAAACCUCUGAGCCCCAAACUCGGCUAGCUGGCUGCUAGCUGGCUGCUAGCCGGCUGCUAGCCGGCUGCUAGCCUUCAGAAGCAGCCUGUGAGCGAGGAGACGAGAGGACUGGUUUCUCUACUGUGGUUUCUUUUAAAGACAACAAAUGUUCCUUUAAUAUUUAUUUCUUCGGCCAGCUAGCGGUUCGUUAACUGUUAGCUAGCGACUCGCCUCAGAAUUCCCCAGCCGGCUAAAUGGCCCCCCGAGACAUUCAGCUGGUGUCCUCUCCAACGGGGGACGCACCGCAGCUCGAGUCCGACCUUCCUGUGUCGGCGGCGUGAAGCCAGCCGGCGUUUAACGGCCGAUCGACCAGCGGCCUGCACGUCGGCCGUUGAACACGGACGUAAUUACCACCAGCAGGACUCGCUGUCCUCCCAUCACGGCCCUCAGAGGACUCAUUAACCGGCUCGGCCCUGAAUCUAAAGAGCGCCGCAGCUUCCUCUCAGGAUCUAAAAGCCCCGCUUCCUUUUUCAAACACGAGAAGCUUUUAAAAAGCUGAGACGGUUCCAACGCACAGAGAGAGAACGCUGCAUGUGGAGACAAACUACUGAGACCAGAGAUGUCUCUUGCAUGACGGGACGCAGCCGAGGAGUCAAGGUUUAGCAAUGCGGACAGAUCGACCACAAGGGAACAUAAAUUCACUCCACCACACCUGAGCGAUCAAUUACACACGUUUUUCAUGUCCACUCCCUCGUGUUUCCAUCCAUACAUUUUUAGUUUUACUUCUGAAUGGAAAUAUCUAAAUAUAAUGUAUAAGAAGGUUGCAGUCAGAGGAAAGUAGCUGCAUCACAUGGAGGCAAAUCAGAGAUCAGAAAGUUGACAAAUUUAAAUUGCAUUCGUUUCAUAAAACACAAAAACCAGAAAGCUGUCGGACGAGGCUCAUGGUCUCCGAAAUGACACCACAGCUUUGAAGCAUUCCCUUUACUUUGUCCCCCUGAAGGACGGAGGGUCUCUCUGUGCAGGUGACGUCCUCCACUGGAGACGUUCAGCAGAGGAACUGACUGCAGCAUCGUGUCACAGUUAUUACGUGUGGCCCUUCUGAGUUUAAGACGGACGGAUUCUUUGGGACGAGAUCUGCGAUCAGGACUUUAGGGAUUCCUGCUCGACUUGUUUCAGUUCCAACAGAAACUUUUACCACAACGCGGGGUGGGG